UUAGUGUUGACAUUGAUGGCGAAUGCAGAAAGCGAACGAAAAACUUAUCUUUAUAAAUACUCUCUUUAUCACUCUCUGCAACAAUGUCUCGAGAAGCACCUACCGAGAAGCAUUAUGUCCACCGUCGAGCUGGCCAUGUCAUGAUUAGCUAUGAUAAACGCCUCUUUGUGUGGGGAGGAUAUAUGGAACUUGCCCACACACAUCCAUACACACUUACGACUCAUAGUAAAUGUAUGUACCAUAGUGCCAUUGAUGUGUGGAUAUAUGAACCCCUCCUUGAUGUGUGGAAACGAAAACUAAGCCGAGGUGAUAUUCCCCAGCAGCUCUCAGGGUCCUGUGCAGCGGUUCACAACGAUCAUAUGUAUCUCUUCGGAG